UGGCUCGUCCAUUCGACUCGCUACCAGUCAUCUUUUCCGAGGAAUCUGGCAUCGAUCGGCAAAUGUCGACUAAAGAGUACGGCGUUACGUACGACCGACCGCAGAGCGUGCCGACUUCACUAUCGAGAAAGUCAUUGCAGGGUCUGAAGACUCUUAUUGAUUUUGUUCAGAUCGUCUGGAGUGACUUCACAAAUACGACGAGAUGCCGAGUUCUUCCUUGGGCCUACUUUGAGAAGCUUAUGCAAUCAAGCCAAGGGCAUGGCGCGGAAGGCGAGUGGCACUUGGCAAUCGAUAUCGACACGAUCAGAGCUUGUCCUUAUCGGGAGCGCACUGCGAUGGUAAUGGGUUGGUUCCAGGAAAAAUGGCCCCAAAACCCUGAAAAACCUCUGGAUUGUGUCUAUGAUCCCAGAUCAAUUCUGAGGAGGAUAGUGGACGAGGCUCGACGCACGGCGAAGGUCACUUUCCUCGUCGGUUUCGAAAUCGAAUUCACGUUGUUGAACCGUGAUGAACCUGUAAACAAGAAAUGGUUUUCGACAGCAGGGUCAUUGCGCUCCGGUGCCGUUGAAACGACCGUCCUCACAGCGAUUGCGAAUUCACUGAAGGAUGGUGGAGUUGAGUUGCAAAUGUUCCAUGCUGAAGCUGCUCCAGGACAGUACGAGUUAGUUUUGGGCCCUUUGCCGCCCGUUGAAGCAGCAGAUGCGAUCAUCUAUACUCGCGAAACAAUUUAUAACAUUGCUUCAGAUCACAAGCUUCGUGCCACUAUGGCUCCUCGUCUUUACUCUGACAAUUGUGGAAGCGCGAUGCAUACCCACGUCUCUGUGAGCGCCUUGGAAACAUCCGCUCCUUCUCCAACUCCAAGCCUCAAUAUUGUCGAGUCGACCUUUCUCGCCGGUCUUCUUGAGCAUUUACCGGCUAUCCAGGUCUUCACGAUGGCUUUGCCCCCAUCCUACGACCGCAUGUUAGACGGAAUCUGGUCUGGUGGGACCUAUGUAUGUUGGGGUGAUAGCAACAAGGAGGUCCCAGUAAGGCUAUGUAACCGAUAUAGUGACUCGUCAAGAAAUUUUGAGGUGAAAUGUGUGGAUGGUUUGGCUAAUCCACACCUUGCAUUGGCUGCGAUCCUCGGUGCUGGAAUGCUGGGUAUCAAUUCAAGGAGAGCCCUGAACCAGAAGGAUAUGGCAUUUGGGUACGCCGCUGGAUUAGAUGAGGCCACUCGCAAGGGGACUCGGAGCCGACUUGCCCAAGAUGCGAGUUUGGUGACUUUGUUUGGAGAAGAGACUAUCAAAGGAUACCUUGCCACUAACAAGAUAGUGGCCGAAUGGCUUGAGAGCGCUGGCGGCAAAGACGAGAACACAAGGAGACUGAUUGAACAUUUCUAACCGUGGCUUUUCGGGUGGCGCUGUAGCGGGGAGGAGCGGCUCGUUUUUCCCAUUGAGGGUGGGGUGUUGUUUAUGGAUGAAGAUGUGCCCUCUUCAUCUUUGCAACUAGAAGCACAGGCAGAUGAGGCAUAUUAGAAGCAGACCCCUAUCUCCACGCAUCUGUAUGGAGAUGUGUCCCAAUGAAAUCCACAAAGUGCC